AUGUCACAAGAGGACGACGAAACAACUUCAUUGAUAUCAAGACGCCCAUCCCAUUCAUUUUUGGAUACCCCGAUCGGGUCAUUCAAGGGACCAAACUCAUUACAUAAUUUUGCCAACUCAUUCACAAGAGCUCAAUCUUUUGCUGCCAAUAAGAUCGACAAUUCUAUCAAUAAGAAAAGAUCUUUUUUCAUUUCUCCUUCAUAUACCGGAGAUCAACGUCAUAAUGGAGGAGUAAUUGAAGAUGAUGAACCAGACCAAAAUUUUGAUCCAGAUUUAAUGGUCCCGUCAUACCGAGGUGAGAGAUUAAGUACUGUCAUGCAUGAUAUUCAAAAUAAAAAUCAAUUAUUUAUGAGUGGGGGAAAUAAUUUAGAUCUGACGAUGCAUCCAAAUAAUGACGUAUUCUACCACGAUGAUGUGGUUAAUGCAUUGAAUGAAUCAAGAUCAAGACAAAACUCAGCAUUUGGAUCAAGCUCACAAUUUAAACAUAGAUUAUACGCGGCUCCUUCAUUUUCUAGUUUCAGAUCAUCCAUUUCUGCAGCUACAACACCUUCUAUAUUCCAAGUGAGAAAAGUAGAAGAUGAAGAUGGGAACGUGGUGACUGUUUUGGCAGGUCAAUCAACAGCACCACAAACUAUUUUCAAUUCUGUCAAUGUGUUAAUCGGUGUCGGAUUGUUGGCAUUACCCGUGGGUAUAAUGAAGGCAGGUUGGGUGUAUGGUAUCCCAAUUUUACUUAUUUGUGGUUUAACUACAUAUUGGACCGCAACGUUGUUAUCGAAAUCCAUGGAUACUGAUGAAACUAUUAUGACUUAUGCUGAUUUGGGUUACGUCUCAUAUGGUCCAGUAGCAAAAGCUAUUAUUUGCUUACUUUUCACGGUUGAUUUAUUAGGUGCCGGGGUGGCAUUGGUGGUUUUAUUCAGUGAUUCAUUAUAUGCAUUGUUGGGAGAUGAAGAAGUUUGGACCAGUACAAGGUUUAAGAUUUUAAGUUUCUUUGUUUUAACUCCGUUUACGUUUAUGCCCUUACCUGUAUUGUCUAUUUUCUCAUUGUUAGGGAUCCUUUCGACCAUUUCAAUUACCAUUUUGGUUAUGGUAUGUGGGUUCCUUAAACCAAAUGCUCCUGGAUCUUUAUUAGAUGUCAUGCCUACUAAUUUAUACCCUAAAUCCUUUAUUGACCUUUUGUUAGCUAUUGGUAUUUUGAUGGCACCAUUUGGAGGACAUGCCAUUUUCCCAAAUUUGAAAACUGAUAUGAGACAUCCAUAUAAAUUCACCAAGACCCUUGGUACUACAUAUGCAAUCACUUUAAUUACUGACACAUCGAUGGGUGUUUUAGGGUUUUUAAUGUUUGGCCAGAAAUGCAGCAAUGAAAUUACCGAUACUUUAUUAAAAACCUCAGGAUAUCCACUCUGGUGUUAUCCAUUAAUUAGUGGGUUGAUUUGUAUGAUCCCAUUAGCUAAAACCCCAUUGAAUGCUAAACCAAUUAUCUCAACUUUGGAUGUUUUAUUUGGUGUUUCAACCAUCAGUGCUAGCAAAUUCAGAGAAACUAUCAAUACCCUUGGUAGAUUGAUUAUCAGAAUAGGAGUCAAUGCUGUUUUUGUCAUUUUGGCUAUUUUAUUCCCUGAGUUUGACAAAAUCAUUGGUAUGCUUGGUGCUUCUAUCUGUUUUAUCAUUUGUAUUAUUUUACCAUGUUUGUUUUACAUUAAAUUAUGUGGAUCCAAAAUUCGUGGUUUUGAGAAAUUCACAGUAAUUUUUGCAAUCAUUGUUUCUAUCAUAUUAGCAGUUCUGGCCACCUGGGCUGUUAUAUUUGAUUAA